GACGUGCGUUUGCUGAGUACAAUAUCACUCGCGAUGAUUCUCUUUGAUUUGUUGAUUGGUUUUUUCUUAUUCUUACCAGUUGAUGCAUUGUCUACAACAAGAGCACCUAAAUUGCAAGAAUGCACGGCUGGAAAUUGCGCUCUGCACGAUAUGAAGUUGAAGAGUUUUUUAAGCACUGCGAUUGAAACAGAUUAUACUUCAUUUCUAAAAACCUCUUCAUUAUCUACAUUUACCUCUGGAAACAUGGAGCUAGGGGAGGUUAUCAGCAAAUGCGGACGACUUUUUUACAGAGGCCAUUUCAAAGUAAAAUAUUCUGAUGCUGUUCUCAUUUGCGCCAAACGAAAAAUGCAACUGGUAACAAUUGACGGCGGAGGAAAAAACCUGAACUGUCUAGCCCCCCACUUUGACCAGAUGACACUCGAGGAGCAAGAGAACAUGAAAUAUAUUUUUAUUUGGACGAGUGGCAUUUCCGAGGGGAAGAACUGCAGCAACGUUGCGUAUUCGUGGUGUGCGGGCAGCAGGGCCAACAUCAGGCCCGCCGAUUUUGAUCUGCCCUUGGAGGUGAAUCGCAAGGAGCGAUGCCUGGCGCUGUCAAUGAUGACCAAGACGCUCGUCCGCAUGAACUGCAAUGACACCAAUCAUUUUUACUGCGAAUUUAAGUGCAAGACUGCAAUCUGCAUGAAGAAAGAGGAGUGUAUACAAAAUAAAAUAUAUUUUGACAACAAUGCCACAGCUAAAUUGGACCGCGAUAAGCUGAUUGGUGUUUGGGCAGAAUGGCAGAAAGACUUGGGAAUCAACAGGAUGUCUUACACGACGUACAUAUUUGGCUACAAAAAGAUAACGUGGAUGGAAAACACGAGGCUGUGUUGCAGCAUUGGAAUGAAGCCCGUCAAAGUCACAGAUGCGCUUCUCGCUGCUCUCAAUUCAAACAGCAGCUUUAGUAUUAUUUACAACAAUCAAGCAAAUGCAUCGGAUGACCGCGAGCUGAUUAAAACGAGUUUCUGGACGGCCGCGACUCGCCAAGGGUGCGCAGGCCAAUUCCGAUUCUGCUUGCACGACGAAUUGGGUCCUUGGGACUCGACGGACGACUUCUGGGAGAUGAUAAACCCGCGGGACGACGGCUCGUGUUUGGUCGUCGAUAGGCAGUACGCGAAGGAAGGGGCGCCUUUCGGGGUGCGGCAGGUGCAGUGCUCGGCGCCCACUGCAAAUUUCGCCUGCCAAAUGGAAAACAAAAGGAUCGACGACUUGGUCAAUGCGGGAUCAAAUAAAAAUAAUACUUCUCUGGCUUGUGAGCAGCCGCAUUGUUCACUUGGGAGUGCGCUAUGUGAUAUUAAUAAGGAUGUCGCGUUAACAAUGGAGAGAGGCGAAAGAGUAUUGAUAAAGCCAUCUCGUUUGGGCGAGUGGAAGACCUCUUGCGGUGUCAGCUUUUUGAUACAUAACAAAGACAUGGUCUGGGAAAAAGCUAUCGAGUUUUGUUGUACUUUAGGAAUGCGUCUGCUGUCGGUUCAGUCUUUUGAAAAACUAGCUUGCCUGGACAGAGUAAUUCCAAAGCACGGAUUUUACUGGACAUCGGCUACCGACGAUAAAUGCCAGAAUUAUCGUUUCCGGUGGUGCUCUCCCGAAUUCAGAGAUUUUGUGAAACCAAGCGUAUUAAAAAAUGACACCGCAGAGAAAUACAAGAAAUACAAGGAUUCCCGUCGAUACAAGUUCGAGGCUUGUUUGAAAAUAAAUAACUCGGUCGCUGACGGUCCCACUCUGGCCCCGGUUGAAUGCUUUGAAAAUUUUCAACCAAUUUGUGAAGCUCGCGGUUUCGGCGGAUCACAUCUGCAGGAGGUUUUUAAUGAAUGCAAAUCGACUCACCGCGUCUCGCAACGGGAAAUCGAUAAAUUUAACUCCGCUGGUAUAAAUAGUUUCACGGUCAAAAUGAAAUGCCUCUCAACAUGCAUGGCUGAACUUCUUGGAUUUAUGUAUGAUGGCGGGAAAUUUUGGGAGGACGUUGUGGAAAAAACAAUUAAAAAAGUUAAAUCAGCUGAAGGCCUUGAAGAUUUCCGUUCCAUUGUGAAAAAGUACCCCGCCAGUUUAUUCAAGAAGGCAGCCGACAAUAUCGAUGCUCUGAGAAUGAUGUUGCAAGAAGAAAGUCAGAAACGGGAUUGGAAAUCCACUCUUCUCGUGAAUACGGCGCUGGACCGGUUCUGGGAAUGCAACCGCAUCGGUUUGCCAUUUUUUCAAAUUAUUUCACUCAAUCUAAUAAUUAAUUCCAUCAUUGUAAUUUUCAAAAAAUAUUUGCAUUUCAUGCUCACAGUUGAAUUCAAACCUACAAAAACCGAGUGUUCUUUCAUUUACGAUUUCAUCAAAUGUUUCACGAAUGGAUCUACUUUGCUUGAAAAAUUCUGGAACAUGGACUUGCGCAACCUCUUCAAUCCCAGAGAUUAUUCGAAUAGCAUGCGAAUCGAGGUGGGAUACUAUGAGUUUCAAGAUUUACAACGUUACAUGAAGUUUGAAGGAGAAUAUCUCAAUCCCGACCCUCGUACUUACAUAGACGUUGUGAAUAAAGUGUCGUUUUUGAAGGAGAUGGUCAGUUCACCUUGCACCUUUCCACACUUUCGCCCACAAAAUUUGACCACAAAAGAUGCUUGUUUUGAAAUAGUGGAGAAAUUCGAUCCAACUCCUGUGGCAGGUGUCUUUAUGAGUAAAAUCGUCGACUACAAAAAGCUUUAUUCUCCUGCGCUUGCAGCGACCAUGUGCGCCCGAGCAAACGGAAGUUUGCUUUCAGUAACGGAAUCUAACGUCGCAGAUUUAAAAAUUUUGAACGCUAUCCUGAAAAAUAUUACCCGCAAUCUUGAUCAAGUUACGCUUGCUGAAUUUCUUUUGGACGAAACGUAUGUUGACUCUGAAGGAAAGUUUCGCUGGUGCAGCACCUCCCAAGAGGUGUACGCGCCCGACGGUUUGGACGAAUAUUCCCUUAAUGCUCUUGAUGCAUUUUUUUACUACACCGAAGAAGAGGGAACACCCGGUUACAUCUUCGGCAAAUACAUAUCGAGUGAAUUUUAUAAUGUGCCGCUGGUUUACUGUAAAUUUGACAUGGCCUUUAUAUCGAUUUGCAAACAGAAAUAUUGAAUAUUGAGUUUUAAGUUUUAUUAGUUUCAUAUAAGCAUAUUUGGCUUUUUUCUUUUCGCGGAAUGUUUUGUUUCAUCAGUUUUAAUUUAGAUUAUUAAAAAUUAAUCAACAUUUUUCUCUUUACGUUGUGGGAUCACGACACAGAGAUUUUUAGUUAUGCGAGCGACCUAAUCAACGGUUGCAGAUUCAAUAUUCGCUGCAACUACACUUAGCUCUAUUUUGAUUUUUUUUUUGUUUUGCUAGCGAGGCUGAAACAGCUGCUGCACAGUUUGAGAGUGUGUGAUUCUGCUGAUUUUAUUUAACUUUGAGAAUUUGUCAAUAUCCAUUAAUAAUGUUCUUUGCUGAUAUUGGAAUAUCCCUUUUGUUAAGUUCAUUUUAUAAAAAAACGUAUAGUUUUAUGUCUUAGUAUAUGAUGUGCCACACUGGUAUUUUGUGUAUGAAUAUAAAUUUAAAUUUUAGUCACAAUAGAUAACAGUAAAAAUUUAUUGUUUAAAUUAAAUCGUUUUAUGCCUUCUCUAAAUAAAGGACAU